GUUCGUGCGGCCACGUUUCGCGCCUUAAUGUCGCGUGAAUCAGCUAACCGAAGCGACGAGUCGCGCUGUGCCACCUAACUGAACAAGAAGGCAACCAAUAUAUAAUUUUAGGACGUACCAAAGCGACGUUUUAUCAUAAGUGAAACAUUUGAUACAUGUCCUAAUUUUCAAAUGAAUAUAGGCUAUUAAUAACACUAGAUCGUCAAAGGUGGGAGCAGUUGGAUGGGUUGCACUUGAAGACCCACAAGUCAAGGAGCUAACUGUUAACAGUAUUUUAUUAUUUUAGCAAACUACCUGAGGAGAAUAUGUUACCUUGCCAGGGCCAACAGCUGGAGAAGCUGAUUCAUGAGGCUCUGAAGCGCAGUGACUUCCACGCUCUGGAGGAGCUACUUCGGGACGAGUCCAGCGCAGAGGCACAUCCGAAAUGCUCAAAACAAUUCAUCAGCAAGCUGGACAGACUCGUAAACAGGGAGUUGGAUAAGGGGAAUGCAAAACAUGCGUCUCUGUGCCUGAGCUGCCUGCACAGGUUUGGAAAGUCUCUGACUGUCCCAGGAGGACCACUGGUGUCAGGGAAUGGAACUCAAGCCCUUAUUAAGAAGAUGGUGCAGUGGUAUGGGAAAGCACUUGAGCUGUGGCUGGAAGCAGGGCCGGAGAGGAACGAAACCGUGCUGAACCUUGCGGAAGACUUCUUCGACGCUUUGAUGGUGGUUCAUGAAGCUAACAGUGAAGGAAGGUAUCGGGUGACGGAGUCAUUCCUGCAUCCCGUUGGCCUGUUGGCUGCAGACACCAGAGUUCACAUCAUGAUCCAGAAAGAGGCAGUGCGGAAGCUGAACAUCAUUCUUGAUAAAAUCCCCCCUGAAUUGAAGAAAGAGCGGAAGAUGUUGUUGUCAGCAGAAGUUUCAGUUGUCAUGGAUAAGCUGGCCAGCAGAAUUCUGGAAGGUGGAGAUUAUGACCUGCAGAUCGCACUGAUGGAGGCCCUCUGCAGAAUGACCAGCCGUGCACAAAGACCGGAGCUCGCUGACCGCUGGUUUACCAUGGAGUAUGUCUCUAGCGCCUUCUGCAGGAUUCAGGACUCUGAGUUUGAGACGGACUGCCGGAAGUUUCUUAACCUGGUGAACGGCAUGCAAGGAGACAAAAGGAGAGUGUAUUCGUACCCCUGCCUGGAGGUGUUUUUGGGCAAGCAUGAGCUGCUGAUGCCAAUGGAUGAGAAACUGGAGGAGUUCUGGAUUGACUUCAACCUGGGAAGCCGGAGCAUCUCGUUCUACUUCUCUCUGUCUAAGGAGGACACGCAGGAGGGUCAGUGGGACACCAUCUGCAUUCCAGAGAACGAGGUCCACAGUUACGCAGUGGAAGAGGCCAGAGGCAGGAAGGUGCUGGUGCUGGUGCUGACCGAGCCUCUGAGUGUGGGCUGGGCCGAAGGCUCGGAACUGCAGAUCCAAUUCAGCCAGACGCUGGACGUCCUGCAGGCUGCCAUUAACGUGUAUGGGAAUGCCAAACAAAAGAGGUUUGUGGGGAAGACGAGCAGCUCGGUGGUGAAGACCACAGUGCAGAUCAUCCUGGACGAGAGUAGCUCUCAGGUUCUCGUUCCUGAAAGCCAAGCGAGCCAGGGCCGCGUGGAGCCCCGUCUGUGCGGGAUGGAGAAGAACGUGUCCCCUCCUCUCCCACCGGCUCCAGAGGAGGCCGCAGGAAGACCCCUCCCUCUCCCGGGCAGGCUGCACCCCCCGCAGUGUGGGACCCCUGCAAGGAGGAAGGUGUCAGAGUCCAACACCUUUGUCUCCAGUGCUGGGCGCAGAGUGGGAAAGAGCCCCUCCAUAAGUGUGCUGCAAGCAACAACCCCAAUGAUGAGAGCAAAGGUCAAACCGGCCUUGGAGCUGGUCAGCUCCUCUGGGAAGAAGAUAGGAUUUGACAUCAGAGAAUUAAUGAUGACCCAAACCCCUGAGAGCACAUGCUGCAGUAUCAGGAGAGAACAGAGUGACAGCAUUGGCACAGUGGGAGACGGGAGCGUCAGGCAGACCUGUGGACCUUUACCUGCUGACAAAUUCCACAGGAAUAUCCCUGUAGCCAAAGUGGUGGAGAUGGUGCAGACAGAACAAGAGGAUGAAGAACAGCUUCUGGAUGACAGUGCAAACAUGGUGCCAGACUCCCAGCCUGUCUGGAGAAAGCAGAGGCCUCCAGUUCUGCCAUCCCAGGAGACGAGUGAGACCAGCAGAAAAAGAACAUCUGUAUCUGAGCUGGCCUUACAGAAGAGAAACCUCCCCAAAGCACGUGCAACUCCUGCACCGCCUCCUUCUGCACCUCCUCUGGGCACUUCCUCAGCUCUGUCACAGGACCAGUGCACGCAGCUUUUCCCCACAGUGGGCCUGCAGAAGCAGCGCAGCUCCACCCAGCUGAGCGGCUUCCAGCUCCACGCGCAGCUGACCCAGCGGCUGGAGGGGCUCCGCAGGGGGAGGGAGAGAGCAGGAGGCUCUGGAGGGCAGGAGGAGGAGGAGGAGGACCAGCGAGCAGGAGAGGAGUCCCAGACCGGAGGGAGAGCCCUGGCGCUAGAACAGAGAGACGCCGUCUGGAAGUCUGCCCAGCCCACGCUGGCCAUGCACCCAAGCCCCGGCGCCUGCUCCCUAACCAAGAGGCCCAGGGUUCAGAAAUCAGGACCAGUGGAGGUGACCAGUUGUAUGAUGACAUUCAUCUCAAGCCAGUACAAAACUCCCUCUGCUGCCCCUGCAGUAAGGUCUGGGACAGGGCUCACCCUUACCUCAGUGGAGAGGACUAAAGUGGGGAAAAGCUGGACAUUUACUUCCAUGGAGAAGGGAACUGCCAGAAUCUCAGGGUCCCUGAAGACGGCCAAUGAGUCCAAUAAGCCGGCAGAGCAGCCAGAGUGCGAUGUCUACAGUUUUCAAUCAGAAUCACCCAAGAGCUGCGGGCGAAAGGGCUUACGGUCUCCUGAGAAAUCCAUUGUAGAGAAAAGUGUCCAGCAGGUCCCCAAGAGAGCGUCUCCCUCUGGGAGGACGAGCACAGCGGCUAAGCCCCGUGGAAACCGUGCCAGGAAGCACUUAUUCAGCGACACAGAAACCGAAAAGACAGACAUAAGCUGGCUGAAGGAGUCUGGCAGAAAACCCAAGCCCAAAGUGGUGGACUACAGCAGGCAGCGUGCAAAACCACCUCCACCUGCUGACACCACCUAUGAUUCAGAUUUACCCCCUUCUUCAUCAAAGCCACCUGGAACACAGGCCAAACAAAAGAAGAGGAGGAACACAGGAAAGGAGAGGAAGCAGUCCGCUCUAGUGGCCCAGCUGUGUGGGAGGCCCCAGAGGACCACCGCCGUGUCCAAGAACUACAGAGAGCUCUCUGAAUCUGGCAGUAGCAGCCAAUCAGAGUGUGAGGAUCUGACCCAUCGGCUGCCCAAACAAAACCAAACAAACGGGAACACAAAAUGGAGUGUGAUGGAUCAGCAGCUAGAGCUGAAAAAAAAUCCAGUCCCUGCCAAAGAACAAGGGGAAAAGCCAGUCACUGCAGGCAAACGUGGGGAAAAGCCAGUCACUGCAAGCGAACAUGGGGAAAAGCCAGUCACUGCAGGCAAACGUGGGGAAAAGCCAGUCACUGCAAGCGAACAUGGGGAAAAGCCAGUCACUGCAAGCGAACAUGGGGAAAAGCCCGUCACUUCAGGCAAAUGUGGGGAAAAGCCAGUCACUGCAAGCAAACAUGGGGAAAGGCCCGCCACUGCAAAUGAACAGGGGGGAAAGCCCAUGACUGAAAACGAAAUUGGAAAAAAGCUAGUCACUGCAAGUGAACAGAAGAAAAAAACGGUUACUGCAAACAAACAGCGGAAAAGACUAGUCACUGCAAUCAAACUGGGGGAAAAGCCAGUCACUGCAAACAAACGGGGGGACAAGCCAGUCACUGCACACAAACAGGGGGAAAGGCCAGUCACUGCAAAUGAACAGGGGGACAAGCCAGUCACUGCAAAUGAACAGGAGGAAAAGCCAGUCACUGCAAAGGUGGAAAAGCCAGUCAUUGUUGAGGAUCAGGCCAGAGGGCAGAAAGAGUUGUGGUCUGCCAGAUUGACCGAUUUUCUUCCGUCUCCUCCACCCAUAGAGAGGAUGAGAUCUGCAGGGGAAUCGGAGGCCCUGUCGGGAUCACCGAUCUCCCCCUUGCGCUCCCCCGAUGCGCUCCCCCUUCCCCUGGAGGUGGCCGCCGGGGCCUUCACGGGGAUCCAGGCCUCCUCCUUCUACAGAUCGGAGAGAGGCAGCAGCGCGCGGAAGACUCCCUCCGCCCCGUCUCUGAGCCGCCUCCAGGGCGUCCCUACCCCCGUCCUGAGUCCCCUCCACCCCCUCCAGAGCGCCUCGCCUCCUCUCCUGACCUCCACGGCCCUGGAGCCCUCUGUCCCAAACUCGCCCUUUCUGGAGGACUCGCUGGGCCUGCCAGCCUGUCUGGGUUCCUUCAAGAGCAGCUCCUCACAGUCCAUCCCACUGCCGAAGCUGCCAUCUUCCAAUGAACAGUUCAAAGAGCAUAUGUCAGGCCCUGGCUUGGGCCGGAAGCGCCCGCCCUCCCACCACCGUUCCAGUGCUUCUGAGGAUGAGGAGGAGGAAGAAGAAGAGGGAAGAGGCUCAGGGACAGGGCAGAGGAUGAGCAUGCGGCCCAGGAAGCUGUUCAAGGCCAGGGAGGAAGAGGAGGAGGAGGAGGAGGAGGAAGUUUACAGCCUGACCUGCCCUCUGAAGGAGGGAGGCGAGGUCAGGCAGGAGAGAGGGCCCGCUGUGGCAGCACCAGGCCAAGGAGAAAGCCUCACGGAUGCAGUGAGAGAUGCGGAGCUGUGCUCUGUGGUGUCGUCCCGUGUGGUGUCCAGUUUCUGGGAGGCCAACAUGGAGGGUGAUGGGGAUCUUGAAGCUCCGGAAUUCAACGCCUCACAGUACAUGAGCUCCAUGUGCCGCCAGUUCAACUCUGAACUCCAGCGUAAGAUACAGAAUCGUUCCAGAAGGAUGGAUCACUUUGCCAAGCAGUCUCUGAAGACUGUUCAGCAGCAUGUGUCUUCCGUUAGCGUGCAGAUUCAUCAGUACAGAUCUCAGAAGUUGGAGAAGAUCAGAGGUGUGCUGCUAGAAGAGAUCCGCAACUUGGAGAAGGACAACUCCGACCUGAAGGACGUGGAAAAGGAACUUACUACGUACUGGAGGAAGCAGACCCAGGCCUUUCACUCUUACCAGGAGAGAGAGAGCAAAAGGCUCCAGAACCUGAGGAGCACCUUCCAGAAGAAUGUGUGUCACAGCCUUGAGUACGAGGAACAGAUCUUCACAUCUGAGAUGUGCCUGAUGAGGGAAGACAUGAAGUCUGUUCAGGACAAACUAUUUAAGGACAUGCAAGAGGAGGAAAUGCUGAGUGUCCGUAGAGGACUGCAGGCUCUCUUCCUGCCAGAGGGAUGCAGAUUCUGAUCAUAGAGGACAAAUAUUACCUUCGUACACCACAGAGUUUAAUCAUCUCUCAGUAACACCCACUGAGUUGAAUCAUCUCAGUAUCACAUACAGUAUUUUAACAUUGCUGAGUAACAAACACAGUAUUCUAGCAUCUCUAAAUAUAUGCACAAUAUUCCAGCAUCUCUAAGUAACACUCAGAGGGAAGUGCAUGUUUCUCUGCUGUUUGUAUUUAGUUUUUCAAAAAUAAAAAAAAAAACAAUCUGAAGUAUUUUAAUACAGGAUUUCAUGAAAUGUCAUUAUUAACAUAUUUUUUCACUAGAACCUAUAUAUAUUCAAGUAAGCGUGUGAUGUUUAUUUGAAAAUGUGCUCUGUUUUAGAGCAGUGUCAGUUUAAUGGUGCAGUUUUGAGAACAAAUACUGUAGUUACAAGUUUCAAAUGUUCUGUAACUGAAGCAGGUUCAGCUGCAAUUGAAUGGCUGUAAUUGAAUAGAUUAUAUUAACGCUUCUCAUUGUGAUGUCACUGAGCUGCUGUGGUUGAAAGGAUUAAAUUAACACUAUUCUCAAUGUUAUGUCAUCGAACAGCUGCAAUUAAAAGGAUUACAUUAAUACUAUUCUCAUUGUGAUGUCACUGGACAGGUGUGAUUGAAAGGAUUAAAUUAACACUUCUCAUUGUGAUGUCAUGGGCUCAAAGUAACAUGCAUUCAGCUGUCAGGUGGCUUCAACAGGUUCACAUAGAUCAGGCUAUUUAGUUAUGUGGGAAGGAGGAGGUAAAGAAGCCCCAUUUUAACAAGUUACGUAGCUCUCUAGCUUGCUUAACAAUAAAGCUUGUCAUUUUUGCUUCCUUUAUCACAAGCACCACUUAUUGAAGGCCAGUAUUUUUUUCAGUAAGCUUCUGUCUAACUUGCUAUUUAUUGACUGAACUGUUUUGUAUGUUUGUGUGACAAAGAGCCUAUGUUUGUAGUUGACUAUUAAAACACAUCUGUAUUGUGCAUUUGCAGUUUGUCUUGAUUUUUGGAAUAAAUGUAUAUUGUUCAGUAACAUUUUCCUUGUGCGAUUUGUGUUAUGGUUUCAACUCCUGGUAUGGAUAUAUAAAUGAAGGAACAUGCACCCAGUGAAGCCCUACCUGUAAACACGGCCAGUAAAUAUCACUUGGGAGGAUUCAAGUAUGUGUAGUAUAUUCUAUUUUUUCUUCAGUGGCUUGCCUCUUGUCACAAUCUCAACCUCACACUAUCUGCAGGAAAGGCUGGGGUUGUGAGAUUGGUUUUCUGCAAUCUGAUUUUUUCUGACAAGUAGACAGGCUGCAGUUGAGCAUCUAAUAAAACUCUCCA